UAAAUUACUAUCUCUCUCUCUCUCUCUCUCUCUCUCUCUCUCUCUCCUCUCUUCCCUUGAUCGCCGGUCACCGUGGAAGUCAUUCUCCGUCACCGUCGCGCCUUCGUCCGCCGUCUCUUCGUUUCGCGGGAAAUUCCUCAGCUGCCGUUCCCGCGGUUGAUUCCGAUAACCGAAAUCUUCUCGCCGUCAGCUAACAGGCGGUGAGGAUGUCGACUCCUGCAAGGAAGAGACUGAUGAGGGAUUUCAAGAGGUUGCAGCAGGACCCUCCUGCCGGCAUAAGCGGUGCUCCUCAGGACAAUAAUAUUAUGCUUUGGAAUGCUGUUAUAUUCGGGCCCGAUGACACCCCAUGGGAUGGAGGUACGUUCAAGUUGACACUUCAAUUUUCCGAGGAUUAUCCAAAUAAGCCACCAACAGUGCGCUUUGUUUCCCGAAUGUUUCAUCCUAACAUUUAUGCGGAUGGAAGCAUUUGUUUGGACAUCCUACAGAAUCAAUGGAGCCCAAUUUAUGAUGUAGCAGCUAUACUUACUUCGAUUCAGUCAUUGCUGUGUGAUCCAAACCCGAACUCUCCAGCAAAUUCAGAAGCUGCACGUAUGUUCAGUGAGAACAAACGGGAAUACAACAGGAGAGUCCGUGAGAUUGUUGAGCAGAGUUGGACUGCUGAUUAACAACCCUUGCUCCUAAUCGGGAGCUUUCAGAGAUCAGUGGAACAUGUUUAAAUAACCUGAAACUUAUGAUCAUUCUGUUGUGAACUCAGACAUUUGAUCUUGUGAAUGUUUGCUUGGGCUUUCGUAUGGUAUUUGGCCUCGUAUAUUUAUUAAUUUAUAUAUAUUAUGGACCAGUUUCGUAU